GUCGUCGCAUUUGUGUGGGUCAAGUUCAUUUCGAUUUGUCUAAAGUAAUGUGCCUUAAUUCUGUAUGAAAAUGACCGAUUCUGAAGCCAAGGAGAAGAAGAAUGUUUCACAGACAGGUAAACUGUCACUGGAAGAAGGUGAAUCUUCAUUUCAAAAUAAUGAAGAUGGCCCAAGUAGAGGAACCUCCCCGCACCCCCUCUUGGUGGUGGAUCAGCUCCGAGACAGAGAGAGAACGUUAUCCGCAUCAGGUGCCUACUCGGAGACCAGCGAGGGGUCGGGCGGCGUUCGGCACAGGAAACGAGCCAAGCCGUCGGAGCCGGCCGAGGAAGACUUUGUCUUCUUAGACGUCGUUGCGGACAACGAGAUUGAGGCUCAUAAGAUGGAGCAGAACUACAUGUUUGGGUUCAAGAAAUGGAAGAGCCACGUGACAAAGCGCCCUCUAGAUGAGAGAUCAGAAAUCGUCAAGACACUGUAUGAACAGCCAAAGAAGGUCAAACCAUUCAUACACUCUACGUUAUCCAUUGGCAACGUCCUGUACGCCAUCUUGAUUGGCUGGUGGCUGGCCCUCGUCUACCUGCUAGUUGCUCUGCUGAUGCUCAUCACCGUCAUCGGAAGACAUCAUGCCACAUUCUGCCUGGCUCUUGCCCAGUACUUCCUGUGGCCCUUUGGCAAGUUUGUCAAGGAGAAGACCUGCUAUGAGCUGGAGGAAAGCCAGGAGCAAGUCGGCGAGGAGAAACCACUUCUCGGCAAGGAGAAACCGCUUCUCGGCAACGGGAUCAGCGCCAGUCAAGACUCAACCGCCUCACUGUCGCUAUCAAACUCCCUGCCGGCUUACGUCAAGAAACACAGCAACGAUUACUUGGACACAGACAGCUCCGAGGGUACAGUCACUCUGUCCAUCGUCAACUUUAGGGGCGUCCGGAGUGACUCGGGAUAUUGGAGGAGACCAUCGACCUACGUCUGGUUGGUCCUCGGAUGCCCCAUCCUGCUUCUAGUGCACACCAUCAUCAUCGUUGUGACUGGCCUCUUGGUUGUCUUCAUCCCAAUCUCAAAGCUGAACAUCAUUGCUGUCAGAAAAGUGCUUCUCCUGCCCCCAGAAAAGCUCAGAAUAAACAAGACCAGUGACUUCAAGAGUGAUGACCGCACAUAUUCCCUUGAGGUCAUCAUGUGCUCCUACCAAGCCGUCAAUGUCUACUACUACAAGUACACGGUGGAUGGAAUGAACGUCAUUCUUGUCAAUAUGCUCAUCUUCGUUGUGUUCACCAUUGUUCUAGGCUACGCAGAUACAGACAAUGUUGUGGCUCACCCGAUUGUUAAAUUUGUGAUGGGUCUGGUAGCCAUCAUCCCGCUUGCCUACUACAUUGGAAUGGGGAUAACAAGUAUAUCAGCGCAGAGCACCAACGCCGUUGGAGCCGUUCUCAAUGCAACAUUUGGUUCCAUCGUUGAGCUGAUCCUGUACGUCUCCAUGCUGCUCAAAAUGAAGGACGCCAAGACGUCAUCUACGUGUUACAAUACCCUGGUCAAGUCGGCGCUCGUCGGCACACUGCUGGUUACAAUGCUGUUUAUUCCGGGUAUUAGCAUGGUUGUGGGCGGGAUCAAGCACAGCGUCCAACACUUCAACAUGAAGACAGCCUCAGUCAGCUCCACGCUGCUCUUCAUCUCCAUUGCCGGGAUGUUCUCCCCGACCAUCUACAACACCGUCUACGGCGUCUUCAGCUGUCGGAACUGCACCAGCACGAUUCAAAACAUGACCACAGAGGACGGAUUCAAAUGCAGUGAAUGCAGCCAGACAUUUAACCCAGAAUCGAGUUUCUACAUGGACAAAAUCCUUCCGAUUGUCUACAUCUGCGCCACGUUGCAGCUUCUGGCCUACGUGGUGGGGCUGAUCUUCACCCUCAAGACACACUCCCACAUCCUGCAAGAGCAGAUGCAUCUGCCGGCCGGUUCCCAGGAGCACGCCAUGAUGCACUGGGGUCGUAUCAAGAGCACCGUCAUCCUGCUGUGUGCCGUCGUCAUGAUGUCGUUGUGUGCUGAGGUUGUGGUUCAGAACAUUGAGCCGGUGCUGAAAAGCACCACUCUACCAGAUGUAUUCUUUGGGGUCACGCUCCUCGCCAUCGUGCCAGAUAUACCAGAGCUAAUCAACGGAGUCCAAUUUGCCCUGAAGAACAACGUCAAUCUCAGCAUUGAGAUCGGCAGUUCAGUAGCCGUUCAGGUCACUCUUCUCCAGGUGCCCAUCCUGAUCUUGGCUGAUGCUAUUUAUCCUCUGCAUUUCUACAUGAUCUUCUCUGACGUUCACAUGUGGUCGGUCAUCAUCAGCGCCAUCAUCAUGAACUACAUCUUCAUCGACGGAAAGAGCAAUUAUUUCCAAGGAUCCAUGCUGUGCAUCGUGUACUUCAUGCUCCUAUCCUUGUACUUCUUUGCCAUCGACAACGACUACAGUGGAUGCAUACCGGGCUGAGCUGCUAUGACGGCAUUGCCGCGGCAAAAUGGGUGUGAGCUCCUUUUGCAGCCGAUCUGAUCGAUUCACAGCACAACGUAUCACCAAGAGUACCAUUUGUUUUGUACCACAGGGGGAGU